AUGAAAUUCACCAAGUUCAGCCUGGCCACCGCGCCUCUCGUCCUCACAGCUUCUGCUGCUGUGCAGAAACUCCACAUGGUCUUUGAGCGGGAUCUCGUGAACUCCAAUUCCGCCAUCACCAUCUGGAAUAAUGAGCAGACUGAGGCUCUGGGCAAGUCAUGCACCAACUCUCUCGCCGAUGGUGCCUUUGUCAAGCAUGCCAUCUCAUUCUCUGUCACUGAUAAUGGCGCUGGGAACGUGACAGUCGGCGACAAGACUUACCAAAUCGGCAACGGCGACGCCGACUCGAUUGCCUGCGGUCGUAUCUCUAACCAGGACGAGCUUAUUAUUAACUGCGUCGUGCCUGUCAAGGGACUUGGUGCGGAUAUCAAGCCUCUUGCUAAGCGAUCGCUACGCGAGUGCUUCCCAGAUGGGCCCCUUGGAGUCGCCAAAGCCAUGGACGUCUUUGAGGGUAAAGUCGAUGCAGAGAUCCCUUCUGAUGUCCUGAGCCAGGUCCCCAAGCUGUCUCAGAAAGAGAUUGACGAAGCAGUCAAGGCAGCUGGCCUUUCUAAGCGCCAGACUACUUGUGGCAAUUAG